AUCAUUAAUUUUGGCACCAAUAUUCUGAAAUUCAGUUUUAAUGAAUCGCAAACGAUUAGUGGUUUGAUUUGGAGAAUUUAAUGUGGUAGGCAGCUUCGCUUUAAUAAUUACUAACAUUGGAUUUACAGUAGAAAAAUUUGAAUGCCCUGUGUAUAGAAAAACUGUACAGUGCUGCUUUAUUACGUAACAAUUUUACGAACCAAAUCGGGUCGCUAGACGAUCUUAAACAACUCGUGAUUGGAUUUCGGAGAUCCCUGGGGCUCGAUUCGGCGUCAUUCAUUUUUUUUAAAGCAAUUUUGGCAAGCUCAUAUAAGCUCCUGGUAAACUGUCCAAGACAACGUACUUUAGUUCCCAGUUAGGAGGUCGGUUUCUAUGAACGCACUCCGUUGGUUUUCCGGCUUCACGGAAAGAAACACAUCCAAGAAAGACAGGCUUUCUUUAACACAGCGAUUGUGUUACUCUGUUGGUCAUGUUUUGAACGAUUUGGCAGGUAAUGCGUGGUUUAGCUACCUUCUGGUAUUUCUUACCAAAGUAGCUGGACUCUCAAACGCCAGCGCAGGUUUUGUACUACUUUUGAGUCAAGUAUUCGAGGGUGUCUGCACGCCUGUUGCUGGGGUAUUCUGCGAUAAAACAAAGUGCAAAUAUGGACGGCGAAAAUCAUGGCAUUUCAUUGGAACUGCUUGCGUUACGACAUCAUUUCCUUUCAUUUUCAAUCGAUGCUUGGGCUGUGCGGAGAGCAGCAAUGCUGUGAAAUUUUUAUACUAUACCGGGUUUUCUAUGUUAUUUGGGUUUGGUUGGGGAUGCACUCAAAUUGGACAUUUAUCACUGAUUCCUGAAAUCAGCAAACGGGAGAGCGAAAGAGUUGAGCUUAGUGCGUUCCGAUCCGCCCUUACAUUUCUUUGUGGUAUUUACGUUUAUGGAGUCACGUGGAUUCUUCUUGGUCAAAGCAAAGAAGAGACACUUUCUCCGAAUGUUUGGAAGCAAUUUAUGUAUCUUGGUUUUAUCGUCGUGGGAACUGGUACGUUGUUUAAUAUCAUUUUCCACGUCGGAACGAGAGAGCCUCCUUCAGAAGCCUUGCUGGAACGGCAGAAGAAAAAUGUUCAGGGUACCAGUGAGAAAAAAGCUCUUCUCAAAGUUGAUUGUGAUCCUUCUCCUUCGACUCGUCGUUCAUCUCAGCGAGUAACCACGUCUGUAUGCGGCAAAUCAGAGACAGCAUCAUCCUCAUCUUGCAGUGACGAACUCACUUCCAUUGAGUCAACGUUGGUAGAAAAGCAGGCGGAAACUCCGGGUCAAUAUGACAUCAUUGAUAGGAGUGCCUCAAAAGGAGGCCAAAGGACUUGGAAAGACUGGCUAAAAGACCCCGCCUUUUAUAAGACUGGUUUAGUUUACACUUGCAGUAGGCUUGUUGUAAAUGUCUCUCAGUCGUAUUUACCACUUUACCUGACAGAAACACUCAAGUUUGAAAAGGAAGCUAUCGCCUAUUUCCCUCUUGUGGUGCUGAUCAGUGGCGUAUUUGCCAGUGGAACAGUCAAGCCACUGAACAAAAGACUUGGUAGUAAAAUAACAUUUUCCUUGGGUUGUAUGCUGGCCUUGAGUGCUUGCUUUUGGUUCUACGUUCAGGACAUUAAAGGAAAGAAUAUUAUUUACGUCACUGCGGUUAUUAUGGGAUGCGGAGGAUCUGUUAUGCUAGUGACGUCAUUAUCUCUCAUAGCAGAGCUGAUUGGUCAUGACAAGAAAUCCGGCGCCUUCGUUUACGGGACAAUCAGCUUCACAGACAAACUGUCCAGCGGUGUCACCAUUGCUAUAAUUCAAGAAAUGAAUCCGCGUACUGACAUGACUGCGGUUUGUCCAUCCUGUGAUGAAUUUGUGAGAAACGUCCAAAGUUUCGCUCCGGGGCUAGCUGCGCUGGUUGCUCUAAUUUCCAUUAUGCUGUUUUUUGAUUCAGUCUUCGUUUGUAAGAGGAAAGUGGAAAAAGUUGAUAUGGCCGUACAGACUAAUGAUGGAAGUUGUGAAGAAGGGAGCAGCUGUGAAAUCGCACAAUUCUACGAGGAAGUGGAAAAAGAGAAAGAGUGUGAGAAGUCUUUGAAAUUGGAUCACGAUUUCGAAAAGAAUUCAUCCAGUGUAAGAGAUGUUUAUGGGUUUCCCCGAGCCAUGAACAACUAUGCUGCCAGUAGGUUGGCUUCUCCUCAGCUACCGUCUCCAUUAUUGGACCGACGCACUGUACUGUAAUCACCCUAUCGCCUGUUUUUCUCUAAUUAUUGCAGAGCACUGUUGCACAGCGGCUAAAUAACAGCAGUACGUUAUUGUUGUCCAUGAUGCAUCAAGCAUUGAUCAUGUGCAACCCGUUGCCAGGGUACACUAUGUAUUAUAUUAUUACUAUACAUUAGUGGUUCUAAACCUGCACAAGGAAAAAACUUGAACAUUAUUUUGUCCGGUCAAUAGGACCCUAAGUUAAUUACUUUUUUUAUCGAAAAAGUUCAAAUUAGUCUCAAAAAAACUUCUUGGACACUUUGCGUCGGGAAGCCUUUACAGAGCCAUCUCAAAUUUUCUUAAGUUAACUAAACCGAGAACAAAAGGCGAAAGUAAAAGAUCCUGAAAAACAUUCCUAAAAGGAGGGUCAUUGAAUUUGGUAACCAGUUCUCGCGACAAAACAGGUAAAAAAAAAAAAUGAUAAAAUCGACGUAUACAUUGAAAUAAGUGGACUGGAAACAAUACCAUGACUUAACUUUGGUCUUCGCAUUCAAUUUGUUUUGUAGUUCUGAGGUAGAUUUCUGUAAGGGAUGAAUAAUAAAAGUAAAGGGGUUGUGUAAUA